UUAAAUUGUGUAAUUUUGAUUUAAGUUUGCUAUUUUUAUUAUUCUAUAAAUAAUAUAGAAAACUAUAUAAUCUAUAUCUUUUAUUAAAUAAGAUUAAAUUGUUUCGAUUACAAUAUAAAAAAAGUUAUUUUUUAUAAUAUUCCUAAUUUAGUAAAAGAUGAAAACUAAAUGAUAAAUAUAUAUUUAAUAAUAAUUAUUUUGAGUGAUUUAUUAACGUUAUGAGUAAUUUAACAAAUAAAUUGCGGAUACUUGCAAUUCAUGGCUAUGCUCAAUCAGAUGAUAUUUUUAAAACAAAAUUAGGCUCUUUACGAAAAGGAUUUAAAAGAGAAAUUGAUUUCGUAUUUUUAAAGGCACCACAUAAAGUUCCAAUGAAAAGUAAUUUUGAUAUUGAUGAUGUUGAAGAAGCAUAUGGAUGGUGGUUCAAUACAAAAGAUCAUAUAUUUAAAGCAAUUGUGCCAAGUAACUCAGUUAUAGGUUUUGAAGAUAGUAUAACUGUAAUUGAAAAGAUAUUUCAAGAAUCUGGACCUUUUGAUGGCAUUUUAGGAUUUUCACAAGGUGCAGCAUUUGUUGUUAUACUUUGUUUUAUGCAACAAAAAAAUUUGUUACAAAUUAAAUUUGAUUUUGCAAUUAUUAUAUCGGGAUUUAAGUCAUUAUGUGCACCUCAUGCAAUAUACUAUGAUGGAAAAAUAAACAUACCUUCUUUACACAUAUAUGGAAAGACUGAUAAAGUUAUACCAACAGAAAUGGCAGAAGAAAUUAUUGAAAUGUUUAUAAAUAAAAUGAAAAUGACACAUGAAGGAGGCCAUUAUGUACCAAGUAAGAAAGAAUAUUAUAAAGAAUUUAUUAUGAAAAUGUUUUUAAAUAAAAACAAAAAUAAUUAGAAAUGUUUAAUUAUUAUAUAUCUUAUGAUAUAUAAAAGAUAUUUAUAUUAAAAUAUAUUAAAAUAUAAACAAUAUAAAUCUACUAUAUAAAUUGUAAAAUAUAAGUACAAGUAAAAUAUUAGAGCGAUAUUAGUAAAUUUAUUUAAAUCAAUUAUAAAUAAACAUUGUAUAAUAUUUACUAGAAAUGAAAUUUGUUAACAUUUUAUAUUUGGAGUUAUAUAUAAUAGCCAAGAGAAUUUGAAUAUAAUAAUAAAUUGAAAUGAUUUUAUUCAAAUUUGAUCAAUAUUUGCUUACUAUUUCAUAUUAAUUGUAUUAUAUGAUUAAAAAUUGCUUAAUUAUUGUAUAAAAGGCACUACUAAUUUUAAAUAUUCAGUAUUUGAGAACUUAAAUUACAUAUUAAAAAUGUAUUGAAUAGUGCCUUAUUUAUUAAUUUAUUUAUUUUGAGAGAGUAUAUUAAUUACUUAAUUUAAUAAUAUUCAUACUUUCGUACAAACUUUAUGAUAUAUUUAAGAUGAAAUAUAUUUUUUAUGCGUAAUAAGUUAGUUAAAUGCUUAUAUAGAUAUCAACUGUCUUGGUUUAUAUAUUGUAAUUAUCCAUUAUUUUUAGUUUAAAGAUAUGUAAAUUUAUAUAAAUUACUAUUGCAGUAGUGUAUAUUUAUAAAUGUUAUUAGCAUUUUGAAAUAUUAGCAUCCAAAUUUUCUUAAUAAUGUCUACACAUAUUAACCAUUGUUUAAUAAUUUUAAGAAUAUUAUAUUUUAAUGCAUAUAACUCAAUAAUUAAAUUAAUUUAUUACAGUAUAGUGAUAUUUUAAUUUUUAAUAAUAUUAUUAAUUUAGAGCAAACAAUUCAAUGCAUUACAUUUUUAAUGCUAUUUAAUGUGUUACAUUUUUAUUUUUGAAUAAUGAUACUGCAACAUAUUUGAGAAUAUUUUAUAUAUAUUAAAUAUAUGAAUACAUUUAAUGUAUUCAUAAUACUGCAUAGAAGUAUAUCAUUUUUCAAUUCAUAAUUCUAUGUAAUAAAUAUACAUGCAAUUCAUCAAAUAAAUAAAAUAACGAACACGCAAAUAAAGUUAACAAAAUUUUAUGGUAUAGCAAAAUAUAAUUGAUAGAAAUAUUGUAUUUUAUACCAAAAUGAUUAUUUACUUGAUUUAAUGUAUCAAAUGUAAUCAAUUUGUUAAAAUUACGUACACUAUUUAUAAUGUAUCACAUUUUCAAAUUUCUAUUUUGUAAAACUUAAUUUUCAAAGUUUUUACAAUUAAUAUUUUUUAAUUUUGCAUUUUAAGUAAUAAAUUGAUGUUGCUAUAUAUAUUUUACAAAAUUUGAGGCGUUUUAUAUUUAAAGCUUAAUAAAAAAAAUUUAUGGAAAUUUAUAAAUUAAAAAAAUGAAUUAGAUAUGAGUUAAAUUAUAGGGAAAAUUACAAAACAUUGUAAGAUAAAAUACAAACUACAAUCAUAAUUUACAUGUGACUGAGGUAUUUGAUCUAUCUUGGCAAUAAUAACAAAGUGUUGAUAUAUUUUUAUACCUAUAAAAGAUUACAAUAAACUUGGAUGGUAUACUGUAUUAUAAAUUUUAUAUUUUAUUAUUUUUUCAGUCAAAUAAUCAAGUACAAAUAAUACUUGAUCAUUACUCACAAAAAACAACAAAAAUAAAAAAAAAUUAAUUAACCAAAAAAUUAACAGUAGUCUUACCUACAGAAGUUAAAAAGCCUCAAGACACUUUUAAUAUUCGUAUAAACUUGUAUGUACCUAAUAUUCACAUCAUGUUUGCUUAAGCUGUUAGCCUUUUUGGAAAUAUUUGACAAUUAUAAAAUUGUAUUGAAUUCAACACUUUAUCAUCAGUUGUUUCACAAUGUUUCAAGGUGAUUGUUCUUGUCCAUUAGUUUCUUGAGAUUUCAUAACAUCUGGUAAAUCAGGUGGUAAUGAAAAUGGUGUCAUCUCUAAAGGUUCGAAUUGACCAUUAUCUUGACGUAUAGCUAAUCCUACUAAUGCAGGACAUUGUGGUUUUGCAGUUGCUGAUGUUAAUCCAUAAUCAGAUAAAAAUUUACUAUCUGACAUAAGAACAUUAUCCUUAUUGAACAGCUGUUGAUUCACAGGUGAUAUUUUCAAAAUACCUAUAAAAAAAUUACAUUAAUUCUAAAUUAUUUUAAAUUAAAAUCUAUAAAUAUUUAUAUUUAUUAAAUAUUCAUAAAUUUUAUGAAAAUUUAAAUAAAAAAAAAGAAAAAGUAAAAUUGAAAUUUCUUUUGUAAAAUAUAAUAUAAAAUAUUAUAAGAUUUCUUUAAUACAAUACAUGUAAAUUAUAUAUUCCUUACCUUCUAUAAUUUUUUUAAGUUCAAGAACUGUAGUAUUAUCCUUGGCAUCAGUAAAUAUUGUCAUAUUUUUUCGUCGAAUCAUUAGAAAUACAUCCUAAGAAGAAAAUCUCGAUUACAUUUGAGGUUAUCUUAUAUUAAGAUAAAUCACCUAAACACUAUAAGAAAUAAUUGAAUAUUGAUAAGAACUUACCAUUAUGAAUUUACCUAUAUAUUUAAACUGACAAGAACAAUUAAUAUAUAGAUCUUGUGCAAUGCUCCUUUGUUGAUUAUUGUUUACUUGUAGUUCGUCAGGUUAAAGGCAAAAAGUUAAAAUAA